CCCAGACGUCCGAGUCCCGCCCCUCCCCCCGGCCCUUCCGGCCGGCCCGUCUCGCUGGUUCCGGUCCUCCAGCCCCGCCCCCCGCCGCCGAGUCCCGCGCGCCGCCGCCCGGAUGGCGCAGCAGGGGCGGGCGCAGUACGAGCCGGUGGCCGAGAUCGGCGUGGGCGCCUACGGCACCGUGUACAAGGCGCGGGACCUGCAGAGCGGCAAGUUCGUCGCCCUGAAGAACGUGCGGGUGCAGACGACGGAGAACGGGCUCCCGCUCAGCACCGUCCGCGAGGUGGCCCUGCUCAAGCGCCUCGAGCACUUCGACCACCCCAACAUCGUCCGGCUGAUGGACGUCUGCGCCACGGCGCGGACCGAGCGCGAGACCAAGGUGACGCUGGUCUUCGAGCACGUGGACCAGGACCUCAAGACCUACCUGGACAAGGCUCCCGCGCCCGGGCUGCCCCUCGACACCAUCAAGGACCUGAUGCGUCAGUUCCUCCGCGGGCUCGACUUCCUGCACUCGAACUGCAUCGUGCACCGGGACCUCAAGCCCGAGAACAUCCUGGUGACCAGCAGCGGCCAGGUCAAGCUGGCCGACUUCGGCCUGGCCCGUAUCUACAGCUGCCAGAUGGCCCUGACCCCCGUGGUGGUGACGCUGUGGUACCGGGCGCCCGAGGUGCUGCUGCAGGCGGCCUACGCGACUCCCGUGGACAUGUGGAGCGUGGGCUGCAUCUUCGCCGAGAUGUUCCGGAGGAAGCCACUCUUCUGCGGGAACUCGGAGGCCGACCAGCUGGGCAAGAUUUUCGACGUGAUCGGGCUCCCCGUGGAGGACGAGUGGCCCCUGGACGUGGCGCUGCCCCGCUGCGCCUUCCGCGCCCGCCCCCCCCAGCCCGUGGAGGGCUUCGUCCCCGAGAUGGAGCCGCUGGGCACCCAACUGCUGCUGGAAAUGCUGACCUUCAACCCCUACAAGCGGAUCUCGGCCUACGACGCCCUGCGGCACCUCUACCUCCAGGACCGGGGGGCGGGCGAGGGGUAGCGGCUGCCCUGGGGGAGCCCCCCACUGUGCCCCCCCUCCCCCCACAGAUAUGGACACAGGGGACAGAGCCGUUCCCAGCCCCGGGGGCGUGGGAGGGGCUCACACGGGGGGGGGGGGGGAUGUCUUUGCUCCUGCCAAGUGCCUGGGACCCCCCCCCCUUGCACGAGGAGAGCUGGAGCAGCCCCUUGUGCAAGUCAGGUGCUGGAAGGAGGGGCCCCCCCCCAUCCUCGUGCAAGAAGGAUGUGGGCCCCCCUUCACCACCCUCAUGCGAGGUGACCCCCCCCCCCAAUCCUCGUGCGAGGGGGUGACAGCCCCCCCCAUCCUCGUGCGAGCCGCGUGCAAGGGACAGUGAUGCCCCCUGCACUGGUGCUCCGCUCGCACAGGGGGGAUGGGGGAGACAUGGGGACCCCCCCCGCAAGGGGGUUAUUUUGGGGGGUGCAGGGACGGGCCCCCACAUCUCUGUUAAUAAAGGGGCGCAGACGGCGCCCUGCCCCCC